AUGGCUUUGUUGGUUGUAAAACUAAUUAAGGUUUCUGUGGUUGAAAUUUUGCAGACGAAAGAAUUCAAAAAUUUAAACGAAAUUCUCCGCAAUUUAAAUUCUCAAAAUUGUGUUGAAUGUGUGGGUAGCUUAACUGGAUUGUUGGAAACCACUUGGCAUGAAAGAAUGAAAGAGGAAAAAAAUUAUCUUGAUGUUUUAAUGGCAUUUGAGAGCUUUAAGGCUACCGACUUAAUAAACAGAAUAGAAAUACUUAGCAUUGAUAACACAUUUUAUCAAGAAAUAAUUUAA